AUGGCAUCGCCCGAUCUCCUCAUCCCGGCCUUCAAUAUCGCCCUCAAAAUCACCACCUACAUCGCCCUAUGGGCCCUUGCCCUCGCAAUCCUCAUCGAAAUUCUCUUCGUCUUCCUCCUAAUGACGUUCCGCCAAAUCUUCGUAUAUUGCUCCGAUGCCGCUGAAGCAGCGCUCAUCGCCACGGGAUUCGGCUCCAUUUUUCUCUGCGUCUGCAACGUGGUCGGUACAUUCUUGUACGCGAUGCAGAACAUUGAGCGGAAAGAAGUGGCUUCGCUGCGUAUGGCCGUCUUGAAGAGUGCUCUUAGUGUUGGAGCUAUCGCUGGGAUGAUUCUUGUGGGCUUCUGGACUUUUGGGAUUCUGUGUUGGUUAGUUGUGAACCUGGUUGUUGCGGUUAGUGGUAAGCCGGUGGGGUUUAAGCGGUGCGGUGGGAGUGCGGAGGAGUGGGAUUGUGGGGAAGAGAGGUGGGGGAGGUAUGGAAGGCGAGACAGGUAUGGGAGGCGGAAGAGUGUGUGA